CUUUUUCUUCUUCUUCUUCUUCAUAAAACCCAAACUCGAGGGUACUAUUCAUCACUCUAGAAGUCCAAUUUCGAAAGCUCAAAUAAAAAAACUUCAUUCAUCAAAGUUGUUCAUCUGUUCGAAUACUACAACAUACCCAAACAUGAGCAUCAUCAGACCGGUCUAGCUACCUCGAACCGGCUAUGACAUUUUUAUGUUUAUCCAUGGCUGGUGAGUUUUCUGCAGCUCGGUUUUCAACAGUUUUCUUUAAUCUCCAUUGCUUGUUUGACAAAACGUCCUUCUCUAAGGUUGUUCCUCAGUUGGAGAACUUUGACAUCCAAAAAUCAGAGCAAUCCAACUACUCUAACUAUGUCUGUGAUGACAAUACUUCCUUCAUGAAGCUUGUUCAGAAUUCUUUUCUCUACAAUAUAUCCAAAAAUAGCGGCAGUCCAACAAGUGUAGCUUUCUCGGCAGUGGUACACCUGAAACAAGCUUUUGGUAGUUUUCAAGUGUUGUUUGAAUUGGUUAUUUCUCUUUGGGAGCUUCACGUAGGAUUUCGCACCAAUAUUAAGUUACCCAAGCAAGAACAAUUUGAGUUCAAAGGUGUAGAAUUCAAGUGAGGCAUUAGCUUUGGAUUCCAGGUAGGGGGACUCACUCCUGAACUUGUAUUUUUGUGUAUGUAUGACAUUGUAUAUAUUGUUGUGUGCGAAAACGAAAACUGUAAUGUUUGUGAUUGCCUAAAUUAACACUUUAGUUUUUUUUAUUUUCUUUACU